CCGCGUAUUCGGAACGCUCCUCGCGCAACCGAGCCGGUUCCGAAACCGAAACCGAAACCGAUUUUCAAAGCCAUUUUCGAAGCGAGUGCGCGAAACGCUCAUUAAACCCAAAUGGGUGUACAAUAAAAAGUUUUAGCUCCGGCCAUUGAAAAGUGUGUGUGCUCUACUUAUUCUUUUAUUAUUUCCCACCAAGCCAUUGUCAUCGGUCUCCUCCGCCGCGGUGUGUGAGUGCCCGAUUGCGUCGCUUAAAUGCCAAUUUAAGUGGCAGGCGUUUAAUCAAGUCAAGUCCCAUUCUGCCGCACCGUCGGUGACACAAAAGAGAACCCAAGUCGGAGUCGGAGGCGGAGUCCUUGGAAGAGUCGGAGGCACCUACAACAACCUCAUCCCGCGCACAUUCGCAAAAUUCCCAGUGAAAACAUAGCCAUAAAUUAACAACUAAUUCAAUUAACUGCUGACAACGUCAACGAGCGGCGGCGCUUGGCUGCAGUGGAAUCCAGGGAGAAAAAGGGAGGAAAAGCCAGGAAAAGCGAGGAAAAGUCGGGAGCACAGCACUGCAUUGCCGCAGGAUAUGCGGCGGACUGCCUAGGAGGAAUUCCUUUCGCCAGCCUCCUCCUUCACGCUGACGCAGUGCAGUAGUUGCAGGCAGCCAUGAACGAGCCAACUGGCAACAUCAACAACAACAACAACAAUAACAACAACAACAACAACAAUGCAUCCCUCGGUGGGAGUGGCAGCAACGUGGCCUCCAUCGCCGAAAUUGCGGCGGAGAGCGGUCCGGACUUCGAUGCACUUCGGGCCGCCUGCGAAACGCGGCUAAAUGGCAGCGGUCAGCUGGCGGGCGGAGGACCCCACUGCGCCGGCACCUUUGAUGGCUGGCUCUGUUGGCCGGAUACGGCCGCCGGCACUUCCGCCUACGAACUUUGCCCGGACUUCAUCACGGGAUUCGAUCCAGCAAGAUAUGCCCAUAAGGAAUGUGGUUACGAUGGCGAGUGGUUUAAGCAUCCGUUGACGAAUAAAACUUGGUCGAACUACACAACCUGCGUUAAUAUCGAUGACCUCGAGUGGAAGAGCCAUGUGAAUCUGAUCUACGAGGUUGGUUACGGCAUCUCACUGCUGGCCAUUCUGCUGUCGUUGGCCAUAUUGGGUUAUUUCAAAUCCCUGAAGUGCGCCCGCAUCACGCUGCACAUGAAUCUGUUUGCCUCGUUUGCGGCAAAUAACUCGCUGUGGCUGGUGUGGUACCUGCUGGUCCUGCCCAACAUGGAGCUGCUCCACUACAGUCCGAUGCGCUGCGUCGCCUUGCACAUCACCCUGCACUACUUCCUCCUCUCGAACUACUCGUGGAUGCUCUGCGAGGGAUUCUACCUGCACACCGUCCUGGUGGCCGCGUUCAUUUCCGAGAAGCGUCUGGUCAAGUGGCUGAUCGCCUUCGGCUGGGGCUCCCCCGCCCUCGUCAUAUUCGUCUACGGAAUGGCCCGCGGUCUGGGCGGCUCGCCCGAGGACCAUAUGCACUGCUGGAUGAACCGCACGGACUACGACAACAUUCUGGUGGUGCCGGUGUGCAUCUUUAUGUUCCUCAACCUGCUCUUCCUGUGCAACAUUGUGCGCGUGGUGCUGCUGAAACUUAAUGCCCCGGCCAGCAUUCAAGGCAGCUGCGGUCCAUCGCGAACCGUUCUGCAGGCCUUUCGGGCCACGCUGCUGCUGGUUCCUCUGCUCGGCCUCCAGUAUAUUGUGACGCCGUUUCGUCCUGCACCCGGACAUCCCUGGGAGAAUACAUACGAAAUCAUCUCGGCGUUUACGGCCUCGUUUCAAGGCUUGUGCGUGGCCACUUUAUUCUGCUUCUUCAACGGAGAGGUGAUUGCCCAAAUGAAGCGCAAGUGGCGGAUGAUGUGCUUCAGCAACCGACCGCGGACCAAUUCCUAUACAGCCACUCAGGUCUCGUUCGUGCGCUGCGGACCGCCGAUGCCAGGAGAGGAGAAGGUAUGACUAAAGGACAUGUCGGCCAAGCGGCGAGCCUCCUCGGGUCCCCACCACCACCAGCAGUCGUCCUUGGAACAGGCCAGGACUCGCAGCCAGAGCUUGGUGGCUUCCUCCUCCUCCUCGUCGUCGUCGUCGUCAUCCUUUCUCGAUGGCCUGCGCAGCCGGAUGCCGUUCCUGAAACGCCGCCAAACAAUCGACAACUCCCGCCAGAGCCAGCCACUCAUGGAGGAGCGGGAGAACUGCGGUUCGGUAUCGGUUAAUCUGGCAAAAAGGGGGUCAGCCGGCGGGGACAGGCCAACUCUGAUGACGACCAUUGCGGAGGACGUGGCCGAGACGGGAACGGCGGCCACUUCGGACGCGGGAGCCACAUCCGAUGCUGGGACAGGCACCACGGGAUCGGAGGACAACCACCCGAAUGGCAUGGGCACCGUCAUCGUUCGCAUGGAGGGAGCUGGCCAACCGAACAUGGCCGAUGAGGCGCUUUAGGUUAAUCCCGUCGAGUCACGCAACAUCUCAUAGUUUAAGCCACUGAAAUACCAAAACCAAAACAGGUCAAGAGCCCUAAGCCCCACCAAAAGCCACAUCCCAUUGAAACCAGUUACUAUCGCAUUCAGAUUGUUCUUUGGUUUCUAAGAGUUUUCAAAUAAUUAUUUCGGGUGUCUGAAAGUAGGCAACAAAAUUAUUUUUCAUUUAAAAUAAUAACAUCGUGUUAACAUACUCAAUCAUAUUUCUUGAAACUUUAACAAAAAAUAUUAUAUAACAUUCCUUUUUCUUUGCUUAAGUGUUUUUCCGUUUUCAAAAAUGCAUAACUUACCUUUAGACACCCGAGAUAUUGUUUAAAAACUGCUGGACAACUUCCAACUUCGAACUUUCCUAGCCAGCAAGGCUGAAAUAAAUUUUGACACAAAUUGCACACUGCUAAAUGUUAAGUUUUUAUAGUAUACUACACUGUUUUCCUUGGUUCCCUCAGAUUGCAAAGUGCAAAAUGAAUUUCAGCCUUUUGCCGGCAACGGAGCAGCUUGAAUGAGAACAUAUUUAUUGUACCUACGAGUGUAAGAAUUUAUGUGGAUAUUAAAUAUCAUUGUUGUCUUAAGUGUUAAGUGUAACCCAGGACUAGAUCCUCGACUCCUUUCCCCACAAAAAAAUAUAUCUCUCUCUGUGGUAAGCUGAGCUUUCUGGCAAUCGCUUUUAGUGUGUCUAUGAAUGUACGCAAGUGUAAUAAAAUUUUAAUUAUAUGUAUGUUUGCUGAACAUAUCCAA